UCAUUCUGUUGGUUCUUUAUAGAUAAGUUCGUUACGGCGAAUGAAGUGAAGGUAGGUGUGGUGCUCCGUGGCUUCGUUGUGUUUGCACGAGAGACGGCGUUGGUCGUCUCUCUCGCUUUCAAUUGCACCGGUGUUGUGCCGGUUCACCUUGUCAGCAGCUACAUGAUUGCCGAUCUGGUGCGCGCAUUUCCCGUUGGCAGCGUGGUGACUGUCAAGGUGCUGACCAUCAAGAUGAUCGUCGGCACACCGAAUGCAAAGACCGUUUUGUCGAUGCUGGAAAGCGACACCGGAGUAGCUGAUCAGCUUCCGGUGGCACUACGCGGCUCCAAACGUCGUAUAAUCAAAAAGGAGCACGACGACCUCAGUUACGAAACUUCUGACAAGGUGUUCGACACUUGGAACGGCAAAUGGAAGGGGGAGACAUCACUGGCUGAAAUCGAACUGCUUCCAGUGAGUGAAGAUGCAACCGAGCGAAUGCCUGUGAUGGCGGCCAGCGAUCAAAACGAAGACAUCUUCUCUCAGUUGAAACAGGCCAGUAGUUUUAACUGGCAGUCAGAUCGAUUCUCAAUGAACAAUCUGAUGAACGUUGGUUUCGAACCAAACGCAGUAGCUUCCUCGUCCAGAGAUGCGCCAGCUGCGAGUGCGUCAAACAUAGAUGAAGAAAGCAGUAGCGAUGAAGGCGAAGAAACUAAAGCAGAGUUGAAUUUACCCGCAAGCAAGAGAAACAGAUAUGAAAAGGAAAAAAUAGAGGAGGAAGAAAUUCUUAAGGUA